AUGAAGGAAAUAACAGCUGUACAAACUGUUCGACUGCCGGAAGAGAUUGCUGGUAUUACGCGACCGUCAAAACGAGACAAAAGACAUCGAAGUAGUGGAAAUCCACCCUCUCAUCCACCAACACCACCAACGGAUAACACCGAAAAUGGCACCCUCAGCCCUUCUUCAAGAGACCCGAACCCUUUCACUAGCAGCAGUGUAGACUACAAUGCGCAACCGGCCGAAUCGUCUAGCAGCGCGAGACCGUAUUCCGGCGCGCGCUCAAGCUUCAUAGAAAUUCAGAGCKCCCAACCUCCUACCACACAAUGGGCAGGAUUCGACAAUCCUGAGAUAACGGGUGAUUUGGAGAAAGAAAGCUCUAGUCAUAACGAGAACAACAAUGUCGCAGCAUUAGCCGCCUUUGAGCCCCAAGACGGCGGUCUUCCGUCCUCAUCAACAAGGCAGGAAACUACGGAUGGGCGUAUAUUUGAUGCAGAUAUCUUCAACAUCAAUCAGCUCGAACGUCCAAAUAAUGAUAUCACUAAUGGCCAAAGACGUGAGCCUCACGAUCGCAACGUGUCUAUUGGGUUUGAAGUGUCGCAAGGAGAUUUACGACAAAGCUAUAUGGAGACAUACUGGGAAUAUUGCUACCCAUGGUGUCCGGUACUAUUACGAGACACCGUACUGCAAGAGCUCACUGAAUCACCGUUACUUGAUAAUGCGCUGGCGACCGGGGCAAGUCAUCUUCGUCCGCCACUCAUACCUCAUCCAGGCCCAGCCGCAUAUUACGAACGCGCACGGAGAAUAUUUUAUGAUGACGGCGAGGAAGACUUGGUCAGAUCGCUCAAAGCCGUAUUGUUGUUCUACUGGUGGGCACCGAGACCGCCUCUCAUGGUCCAUAAGCAUUCUUCAUGGUGGUGGACAGCUGUUGUCAUAAAACAUGCGCAACAAGCCGGUUUUCAUUUCCAGCCUGCUGCGGAGCUUUCAGAGGCUUAUACCAUACAGAAAUGUAUAAGGCGGCGCAUAUGGUGGACUGCAUUUGCGCGAGAAAGACUCACUGCAAUAUGCCAAGGAAAACCAUGUCUCAUAGACCCUGAAGACUGCAACAUCCCAGAACCCUCAAUCGACGACUUUCCCGAACUCGAAGACAAAACCAAAGCAGAGGUAUUCGUGUACUGGGUACGACUAUGCGCCAUUAUUGGACGAGUCGCAAAAGAGCUUUCACGAUCCGCAAAUUCCUCUUCAAAUACUAGUCCAUUUCCCGUCCAUUUAGCUAGAGAGCUUAUAGAAUGGAUUCAAUCACUGCCUCCUCAUCUGCAGUUACGAAUAGGGUCGAAUCAUACAUCGGAUUUUCAACUCGAUAUCCAUCAAUUGCAUUUACCGUAUCUUGCAGUCAUCGUGGUGUUGCACCUUGCAAGAUCUCCGCAGUCCCUGCCAAGGGCAUUMCCCCCUGCCAUAAUGGCCGCUACGUGUAUCGCCCGUAUCCUGAAAGAUGUGCUGCUCAGAAGUGCCAUCGGGUACAUGAUGCCAAUCACGUGCUGGUAUAGCGCUAUGGCGUUUAUUUGUCUGCUUCAAGCCCUAAGAACAGACCAUCUCAAAGACGGAGCAAAAGCCGAGAUUGAAAUCCUUGUUUUAACCGUCAAGGAACUACAGAAGAAGUGGGCGACCGGCACCGUUAUAAGACAGCAAUUUGAACGACUACUAGAAAGAAACAAACCGCUUACCCCGGAAGACUUUCCCAAUAGUCAUCUCGGAAACAACAGAUCAACGAGAGCUUUGCAUUCCGAAGUGGAUGUGUUGAUGAGUGGUAUUGAUUGGCUGGACUAUUUCCCGUUCGUGACAUCUCAAACUAGCGCUGUUGCGGAGCAGCUGUUGGUUCCAACUAGCUCAAAUGAGAUCUUUUGGGAUGAGGAAUCGAUCUUUUUGUGUACAGAUUUCUUGCAAGGGUUGGAUGAUUGGGCUAGUUGCAGUGAUUUUAUAUGA